CUAACUACGCAGAGCCGCAAAGAUCAUGCCACCACGCUGGCCGGGCCUGCAGCUUUUAAAGAGUGCGCACAACACCGGACAGCCACAACGCGAACGUGCAUCCGACACUCAACUGGUGAAAGAAGGGGCGGAAGUGGCAGAGGACCCAAUCCACCAAGAGCCUCAGCGGCCUGCACUGUCCAUAUCAGCAAGCCGACUUCGGCAGCUGACAAGGCCAAGGCCGAAAGGAGCUCAUAGUAGCGUCCGAUCGCUCCUAGGAGCACCAAGCCAAGGCCAAGGCCCAAACCAACCAGGUACUGGUUCAGCCUCGGGCUCGAGCUCUAAGCACGAAGGUAAAGGAGGAAAAGGAGGAAAAGCCGGGAAAGGGAAGACAAAGGCAAAGAACCCCCCAAAGAUCACACAGAUCCUAGAAGUUUUGAAAGCUAGACGGGCAGAAGCUGAGCAAGCCAAGCUGACCCGAAAGCAAGAAGAGGCAGCCAAAGCAGGAAAGGCUCCAGCUGCAAGAGCUCCAAAAGCUCAAGCUGCACAAGUUCCAGCAAAAGCACCAGCAGUACCAGCAGCACCGGCAGCAGCACCAAGAGCACCAAAGGCUUCAGCUGCACCGAUCGUUCCAAAAAAAUCAGCUCCAGCAGCUCCAGCUCCUGAGAAUGAAUCCAUUCUUGCGAAGCGGAGUGUCGAGUUGGAGAACCGAGAUCUGGCAUGCAAGGCCAUUUGCCGCAUCAAGAGGGGCCUGCGUGAAGCUCGCCGCCGAGAUGACGGUCGUCCCUUCAUCCCGGAGGACUGGGAGACGACCUUCAAGCCCUUCUUGGGAUCCUACAUCCGCUUCUUGCUCUCCAGACCGGACCAGUUCAAAGUGCACCAAGGGAUGGGUCCGGGACUCUACUCCAUUGAGGAUGUCACCAACAACGAGGUAGUGAUGCCCAAUCAGCUGGCGCCAGGCAAAGGAGGAAAGAGUUGGAUCAGCGCCAAGGCCAAGGCGCACGUGAAGGGUGGAUCCAAGGCUGGCUGCAGCCUCGGUGCCAAAGGUGGAAGCAAAGGUAGCAAAGGUCGAAGCAAAGUCGGAAGCAAGGGAGCAGAUGUGUCACCAGCAAGUGGCACCAGCAAAGCUGUUGCAAUUGGGACUGCGGGUGAUGCGGACAAGGUGACGGAAGAAGCUGCCUUUGCAGCCCUGGAGCAGGCUUUUGAGGAGGUGGAUGAGCCUCUGCCUUCGCGCAAGAGGACUUCACUGAUCGCCGAACUGUUCUCCGAGGAUUCACCCAUCAAGCGGCCCUCAUGAAGAAGGGACUGUGCCUGACAUCUUCGGUUCGAAGCAACUCUGACAAAUUGUUCAGCAUCGUUGGAGAUGGUCAUGGAGG